AAGUUACAGUGAACGAAGAAUUCGAAUCGAUGCGAUCUGUAUCAGUGUAUUUAUUAAAAGAAAAAGGAAACGUUAUCUUGUAAUGAUGUUACUACGUAUCAAAAUAAAUCUUUAAUAAUAUCAAAUAAAAAAACUGAAGUAACGUUAAAAACUAAUGAUAUCUUUCUGUUAAUCAAAGUAUCAAAUGAACUGUUUAUCUUUCUCCUCAACCCCGGUAGAUAAAUUUUUCCUGUUGUUCUCUCAGAAGUAGAUAAUUGUGUUUCGAAACAGUGAUUUGCGAAUAUUGUCAUAAUUUAUAGUUGACACCAUGAAAUUUGUGAAUGCUUCGUUUUUUAACUUUUAAUUUAUUGACUUGUACCUGAUUAUAGCUUUUUGAUUACCUUCUGCUAUUUAGUCGUUAUUAAAAUCCAAUUAUAAUAUGGCGCAAACUCCAAAAGAUGUUCCUGAAGAAAUAACAUCUUCUUUUUUAAGCAACUUAGUUGCUGAUAUAGUAUACAGCCCCCUCAAUUUGGCUCUCUUAGCAUUGUGUGUAUAUUUGUUGUAUAAAAUAUUUUAUACUCGAAAAGAAGAAGCUUACUCGCCAGUGUCAUUACCACCCCCUCUUCCUCCAAUGAAAAAAAGAGACAUGACACACCAAGAACUAAAAAAAUAUAAUGGUGUCAUUGAUGAACGUGUUUGCGUAGCGGUGAAUGGAAAAAUAUUUGAUGUUACUAAAGGAAAGAGAUUUUAUGGACCAGGUGGGCCAUAUGCAUCAUUUGCUGGCGGAGAUGCAAGUCGUGGUUUAGCUACAUUUUCAGUUGAGGUUCCAAAAGAUGACUAUGAUGAUCUCUCAGACCUUAAUUCUAUGCAAAUGGACAGUGUUAGAGAAUGGGAAAUCCAAUUUCAAGAAAAAUAUCAGUAUGUUGGCCGUCUCUUGAGGCCAGGUGAGGAACCCACUGAUUACUCAGAUGAAGAAGACACAAGCCAGGACCAGAGCACUGAAGCAGCUCAGCAGACAAAUCAACAGUCUUCCAAAAAAGAUGAAUGAUUUUGUUGACAAUAUUUUGUAUUCUCAUUCUUUUGGAGAAAGUUGUUCUGCUUUUUCUUUUACUAAGAUUUUAUAUUAAAAGAUAGCUGCUAGAAGUUCUUCACAAAAUAAUUUUUUUUUGUUUUUGUUUUGUCUAAAUUUUUGUCAUGUUUCUUUUUUCUAUUUUGUUACUUUUGCACUGAGUUUUUGUUGUAUUGUAAAUUUUGUGGUAAAGUUGUUUAUACAAUUAUUUUUGAAGCAAAAGUUUACAAAUCCAGUUACUGGUUAAUGUGGUUGUUCAUGUUCCUGAGAAAGAUAUACUUUAAUUUUGCCAUCAUUGGGAGGAAUUUUCAACUGAUCAGUAUACUAAUAGUAGACAACUGUUUCAUUUAUUUUUUAAAAUUAAUAUUAUUAUAUUAUUUUAAAAUUAUUAGUAUUAAAAUUUUUUUUAAAAAUUGAUAUUAAAAUUUAACAAGGAAUAAAAAAAUUUUUAGAUUAUUUUGUUGCUUUCAGUAGUAUGUUAUAUUUACUUCUGAACAAGUACCAUUUAAUUUUGCUAUUAACAUUUAUUGUAAUAAAAAUUUUAUUAUUGGAAUAUAGAUAUUAUAUCUUAGAUAACAAAUGAAAUCGGUUUUUUUUUUUCCCGAACAUAAUUUUUUUUUCCUCAAGCUAUAUAAAAAAAAGUUAAUAAUAUGGUGAUAUAAUUUUUCUUUCCUCAAAUUAUAUCACCAUAUUAUAUAUUUUUUUCUGACUUUAUGCUGCCUUAAUAGGUGAGAAAUCUAAAAAAUACCGUUCACUUUAAAUGCCGUUCAUCAUUGAUGAACUCAAAAUAUUAAAAUUUACAAUGAAUUAACACAUAAGUAUUUUAAAUUAAAAUGAAUUUUUUUUUUGCAUGUGAUUAAUAAAACUCCUUUGAUUACAUCAACUUAUGAAUGAAUUUGCAUCAAUAAGUUUAGUUUCUCCAUUAAACAAAAAAUUUUUUGUAUUGAAAUAAAUUUUAGCUAAUUAAAUAUUGCUGAUAAAACAAGAUAAUAUGAUUUAACGUGUUAUGUGUGAUGAAAUAAAUAUAUAUAUAAGAUUAGUAUUGAAAUGUAUUUGUCAGAGCUCACAUUGUUAAAAAUUUUUUGUAUUGCUUCAUUGAUAUGCAGGUUUGUCUAUAUAUAUAUAUAUAUAUAUAUUUGUUCUAUUAAAAAAGGUAUAUGUUGUGCAGAUACCGACUGUGUAUAAAAAGUUUGCAGAGAAUGUGUUAAAAGCUAUAUAUUUUUACAACAUAAAUAUGUUGUCCUCAGAAAAGUGAUUGUAUGUGUAAUUUUGUAGCUCAUAUUAUGUUUUCUAUUACUGAAAUUGCGCUUCAUUGAAUAUAAAAAUUGCUUAUGUCUAACAUUUUAAAAAUAAUUGUAAAGCUUUCUGUAAAUAGAAUGUUUCCUUUAUAACAAAAAAUCUUGUAGACACUAUGUUGUGUUGCUAUAAUAAUAAAACUAAUUUAACUGCUGUUUGUUUAUUAAAAACUAAUGAAUAACUGUUAAGUUUGGAAAAACAGCUCUGUUUAAUUCAAUGCAAAAAUAAUUUCUUUGCUAUCUGUUUAUAUGAACUAUUGAAUUACAGCUCGGUUUUAAAAUGCAGAGCUCUUUAUUUCGAAAAUUUCAUUUGCCAAAUUAGUUUAGAUUAGUUUGCUUUCAGGUAUAUACAUACAUGUUUUUUUUUUUUUUUCCUUUAGCUGUGUUUUUUUUUUUUAUUUUUUUUUAUUUUCUUUUUCUUGUGGGUUUUAUUUUUGAGUAUCAAAAAUUAAGUUUCUUGGUGAUGGUGUUUUAUUUUGUGUAUGUUUUUUGCAAUGGGUAGGUUUUCAUUAUUUGGGUUUGCGUCAGUCUAUAUCAACUUUAAUUUUUCAUGACUUUUACUGUAAAUUUUAAAGACAAUCUUUGUAGAAAGUUAUGUUUUAACUGUAUUUUUGAACAAACAAUUUAUAAUCUUUCUUUUAUUCUUUGUAAAUACUAAAUGAAUUUUAUGCUAAAAAUGAAUUUGUCCGAAAAAUGUCUGGAAGAUGUUUAUAUUUAAAAAUUAAAGAAUGUUGUAUGCUUAAAAAUGUAAUGUUUAUUAUAUUUCUUUUGUAAAAAGAUUGUUUUAACUUUAAUUGAGCAUUUAGUCUCUUGCAAUGUAUAGAAUGCUAAACAAAUGUAUUGAAAAAGACGUGAAAUCUAGAGAGGAAAACAAAGUAAAUUGUAAAAUGUAUUAUAUUUCUUUAUAUAGUUCUUAAAUAACUCGACCAACAUGUUAUAAAGUUAACUCAUAUUUUUAUCUUUACUGUAAAACUGUUUGGUUUUGUAAUAAAUUUCAUAAUACAAGUA